GCCAUAAGCGCGUCAUGAAAAGCACUAUCUUAUCUUGCUUUGUCCUUUACAGCCUUACCUUUAAAACCGCGGCUUGACUUCUGCCGUUUGCUGGCUUUCUUGAAAGACUUCAACAUGUCUACAGUAGGGUUGCUCUUAUCUUGUCUGUUCCUAAAAGAGGCUCUUGCACUGUCAGGGAACUUCUGGCAUAUCACGGAUUUGCAUUGGGACCCAACAUACGAACUGAGCAACAAUCCUGAAGUGGUGUGCGCAUCCAGCGGGUCCCGACCUGCAGUCGGUGCUGGUCAGUUUGGAGACUAUGUGUGUGACUCGCCAUGGCACCUAAUCAACUCCUCUGUGUAUGCGAUGAAAAAUAUCCUACCUGACCCGGACUUCAUCGUGUGGACGGGAGAUGACACGCCACAUGUACCCAAUGAGGAUCUGGGAGAGGAAGCUGUGCUCAAUAUUAUCCACAACCUCACAAACAUCAUACAAGAGGUCUUUCCAAAGACUAAAGUGUACUCUGCCUUGGGUAACCAUGACUACCAUCCUAAGAGUCAGCUCCCUGCCACCCAAAAUUAUAUCUAUGAACAAAUAGCAAAAAUGUGGCAGGACUGGUUGGAUCCACAGUCCCAAGGGACAUUUGUAAAAGGUGGAUUUUACACUGAAAAGCUGCUGAAUCAACCGGGUUUCAGGAUGCUGGUCCUGAACACUAAUCUCUACUAUGACCAGAACAUGCUGACCCAGAACACGGCCGACCCUGCUGGCCAGUUUAGCUGGGCAGAUCAGGUUCUCACGGAGGCCGCUAACAACAAAGAGAAGGUUUACAUUAUUGGCCACGUUCCCCCUGGUUUCUUUGAGAAGAAAAGAAGUAAGCCAUGGUUCACACCAAAGUUCAAUAAGCAAUACGUGGACUUAAUUGACAGGCACCAUUCUGUCAUUGCUGGGCAGUUCUUUGGUCAUCAUCAUACUGAUAGUUUCCGCAUGUUCUACAACACCAGGGGCUCUCCUAUUAGUACGAUGUUCCUCAGUCCAGGCGUCACACCAUGGGAAACAACACUUCCCGGAGUCGUGAAUGGAGCCAACAACCCUGGAAUUCGUGUCUUUGAAUAUGACACACAAACACUCCUGGUCAAAGAUGUGGUGACCUAUUACCUCAACCUCACUCACGCCAACGCAGCCACAGGGCGCUGGGAGAAAGAGUAUCGCCUCACAGAGAGUUUCAGGGUACCAGAUGCCUCUCCAGCCUCCAUGCACCAGGUACUGGAGCGCAUGGCUAAUAAUCACUGCUACCUACAGAAGUACUAUGAAUUCAAUUCUGUCAACUAUGACAUGACAGACUGUGACAGUGAUUGCCGCGUUGACCACGUGUGUGCAGCCAGAGAGGUGGACUUUGACAGGUAUGAAGAUUGUUUGGUAAAAGAAGGAGCAGCAUCCAUUUAUGGUGGGCUGUUGCCGAUCCUCUCUGUGGCUGUAAGUCUCAUCUUGACCAAACAGUAAGCAUCAUCAGUAUCGCAGAUAUGUACAGAUUUAUUCUCAACAUGUUUAAAGAUGUAAAAUUGUCUGCUUUCAGCUAUAAUUUAUUCAAACUUUGAGCAUAUACCACUCUGCAGAGUACGGAGAAAAAAGGACUCUGAAGCUUCAGAGCAUUGUUGAAUAGAAAAGUGAUAAUAAUCAGCAAUAUUGUGACCAUGUAAAUGUUUCUUUUAAAUGAUGGCAUUUCACAGUUAGCAUCACAUAUUGUGUUCUCAUAUUUUAAAUUAUGUAACAAUAACAGACAAACUGAGUCAUUUACUGGAUGUAAUUAAAUAGUGAUAAA